AUGGCUCUACGAAGACAAUAUACAGCUGAAACAGAGAACCUUUUGCGAGAGAAGGGACUGAAAUGUGUCUGCGAGUUAUGCGAUUGCGGGUGAGUUACUAAAAAAAGCAUGACUUACGACUUACAGACGCGCGUUAUUCGACACAUUUUCGUUUUCUGCAGCUGUUUUGUUGCUGUGUGAUUAUAGAAAUUCUGUUACUUCUUUAAUCAAUGAAUAGAUGAAAUAACAUUUCGGCGGAUGUGUGAAAAUUUUAAGUAAGGUUUUGGCGUCCUCCUUCUUCUCACAUUAUGUGUCGUUUUGGCAAUAAACAGUAAACAAACCGCGGCAGACUUUUAAUUUCUUUUAUCUCCCUAAAACAAUAAUUAGCUGUUUCCAUAAAACUUCUUGCAGUUAGCUAAAUUUAUGCAUUUUAUUUUAUCAAAACGAAGUAAAAGGCAUUCUUUUGGCUUUAUGAUUGCAAUGUAUCAAAAACAUAUAUAGUGAAAGCAACACUCAACAAAUUUCUAUUCUCCGCGGUUAAUCAACGCUGGUCGGACUCGUCUUCGUUUAUAGGAUACGAAUACACAUCUCUAGUUCCUAAGGACAACAUCCUAGCUUUUUGUUUUUUGGCAACAUCCCGUUUUAAAUUAUUUCAAUACAUAAGACGCAGGCAUGGAAGGGUGGAGAGGAACGGUACAUCUGCGGGUGAUCAGAUCACGCAACACUGAGACAUUAAUGUACGCCUCCCAUAAGACCAUUUUAAGAUAAAGAAAAACGGUGGAUAAAAUACUGAUUUUUAAAUCGAUUAUCGUGUUAUAGAAACGAAAAAAAAAAGACUCAUAAAAAGAAAGAGAACUAUUUUUCGUUUCGCUUGUGAAGCUAAAAUAAUUUUACCGCAUUCGCUAGUUAAUUUAUAAAUAUCUUUCAAAGUAUUUUCAUUUGUUCCGAUUGUUUACACCAAGAGCCAAAAUGUGACUCUUGUUUACAGUUAGGCAGCGUUCAUACUUGGUGCCCGAGUACGGUACUCGCUGGGCACUAAUGUGAACACGCCUUUUUUCAAGUACCGUAUUUAUUCGAAUAAGCGCCCAACCUCGAAUUAGCGCCCACCUCGAAUAAGCGCCCAUGCUAAAGGCAGAAAAAGUUAAUAAGCGCCCAGCCUCGAAUAAGCGCCCACCCCACCCCACUCCCUCCCACAAUAACUGCAAUAAGAGAUAAUAAGAGACCUUCCCGGAGACGGAGUUUUCUUCAGAGUAUUUUACAGAAACCUUGCUUUGUUACAUCUUCACUUUUUGUUGGUACCAUUUACUGUCUGGUUGUAAAAUAUACUACUACACUUGCUGAGAAUGGUGUCGGUGCCCAGCCUCGAAUAAACGCCCACCUCGAAUAAGCGCGACUCAAGGUCCAAAAAUUUCAGGGCGGUUAAUCGAAUAAAACCUACGCUAGAAUUCGGGCACGCGUCCCUAUGCGAUCGGGGCACAAAAGUGGGCACACAAUUUUUGUAAGUUCUGGACAGUCAACUGCUUUGUUCUCGCUGCUAAUCGCAUGUUUCAAAAUGGCGUCUGACAGGGUUACAUGGAGUAACUAUGUACCCAGUCGCAUAUCCGGUACUCAAAGUGUGAACACAACACCAUUUUGUGCGGGUACCCAGGCACUGGUUCCCGUGUGGACAGCUCCUUAGUCUUCUCGUCUAAAACUGAUUGAAAAACAAGCAUAUAAUACGCUGACAAAACGAGUCAGAUUUUUUUGCUUUAAGACCAGUACAGUUUGUUUGUUGUGGUCUACGAACUGCUAAGUCAACUGUAGUUACUUUUUAAUUAAAAUUUUUUUCUGUGCCACGCGCUCUGGUAACUUUGAUUAGGGCAGGUGUAUUUUUAGCUCCGCUGCACGUGACCUAUCUCAUGCCAAAAUUAUGGGAUACAACUCCACCUAGGUGGAGACCUGAAGUGAGUGAAAAACAAAAAGCCCUCAAUAGUGGGUUAGUCGAGAUCAGCCUAGGACCGGGCUCUAGGUUUGGAAAGGAUCAAAUCACAGGGCGGGCGCAAAGAAAGAGGCAAACUAUGAGCGAGGGAUUAAUGUCCCAUUCCACGACUCACACGACGGCGACGACAACGAGAACGGCAAACGACAAAGGUUGAAGAACGUGCAAAAUCAGCAAUAGGUUGAAAUAGACAAAAUGCCAACUUUCUGGAGGAGGUGCAUCGACAGCCGUCUUCUGAACUUAUGGUUCUUUCUUCAAAAACAUUCACUUGCACUUGACAAAUAAAGGGAAAAUCGCGACAGAGAUUGAAAGAACGCAAAUUCUUUUUUUUUAGCGACGUUGGUGGCCGCCACCGUCUUGAUAUCUUAAACUCCCUAAUGUGCUUUGAGGCCCCGUAAUUUUUUUUCUUUUCUGAACUUGAAGUUAUGGUUUUAGACUCCUUAAAAUGCAGGAAUUGGUUUGAAUAAAAAAAAUUCGCUUGAUUUGAAAAAGUCGCUGGUAAAUGCGGACCAGUAAAGACGUUUUAUUUUAACCAGCGGUGGCGCACAGACGACAGAUUCUUUUCGAGCGCGCGAAAAAUGGAGGGUCUGUGAACGAGAAAGAAAAAUCUAUUUUCUUCUUCCCCACCAACGCCGGUGGAAAUCCCCCGCGGUUUAUAAACUCGACGGCUUUGUGAACAGGCUAAACCAGUGGAAACCGCCGGAAACGGGCUUUAAGAAAAUCUAAUUCUUAGUUUUCGUUUGUGUCAGUCACCUUAAAAUAACCUUUCUAAAAUUUAGCUAAUUUCCACAUACUUUUUCAUACUCUGAUACUGUUUAAGUUAUGUCCCAUAAUUCUGACAUUGAAAAGGUCACAUGACUGCAAGCUGCAAAGAGCGUGGCUAUCAAGUUAGUCGUGUAAGAGGUCUCUGGAAAGAAGGAGAGAGUCCUUCUCUGUUUGAUUUUGUGUUAUGUGGCGGCAUGUAUUAAAUUCAAAAAAUACACGUUUGCUAUUUUCGUCAAUUGAUAGGUAAACGAAGCUCAGACUACCGCAGACACGAGGCCGAAAAGGGUUUUCACUUUUUGCGGGUAAGAGGACUGUAAUCAGGGAAUGAUUUCUUUUUUUUCAUCUUUUCUUAGGGGGUACCAUCGCCAUGAAGGUUGCACCAAGAACCCUCAGAGGAUAAAACAAGUGUUCAAGAGGCCAGGUAUGUCUGACGUCAAAACAGAUUAUCAACAUACCUACACGCUUCAUGAAGGUUCCAAACCACGUAAUCCAAGGAAACCGCUGCCUCGACUAAGAAACCCCAAUCCUCCUCCGAUGGAUUUUAGGACAGUGCAGAGACUGGAUUUCAUUGAGCGAAAGCCAGAACCUCAAGGACUGUGUAAGGUAUGGAACUAAUGAUAAACUGUUUUGAGGUCAGUGUGAGCAUUGAUCAUGGUCUUCACAGAUGAUUUUGAUGACCAACCCCCGUUGAGGUAUAGAUAUAGCACACGUUACCAACCCGGAGGGGGAUAGUUCUUUAUUAAGUAUUUACUUUUAAAGCCGUUGGAUAGAAAUGGAUAAGUAUUUUUUUGGUAAAUAAAAGACUCUUCAUUUACGUUUUAAUCGACAGUGCUUGCCAUUGCCAUUUCAGAAGAUAAUUUUCUACCUACUUGUAAACCCUGACACAGGCCAAUUUUCGUGGCUUUCUUGGUAUUUGCUGGUAUAGCUGCUUUAUUUAUUGUUAAAAAAUUUUUCUUUCCGACGCGAGACGCCAUCUUAACUCACCUUUCUAAAUUGCAUCCCAAUCAAAGCGCGAGAAUUGCUAUCCACCGAUUUGGAAAAUGGUGAUGUGACAGAUGUAUAUAAUUGCUUCUGAAACCCGCAUUGCUGUGUAGGUGUCUAAGUUCUUUCUUGCUGGUUGAAAUCAAAUUUUGUGAGGAUGACUAGUUAGUUGAGUCAUCUUUUAAAAGGUGGAAAUUUUAGGGAAUUGCGGUAACCAAAUUCCAUAGUGACUGCCCAUCUAAAAUAGGACUGUAGAAUCCUGACUCGGCUUUAUAUACUACAAAAUAUGUUGUUUUAAUAUUUUUUUAUUUCAACAGUUUGUGGAAGAUUAUAAAAAACCAGAAGAGAAAAUUGAUGGAAAGACGGUUUAUGCUCAAGACUUUAUCGACAGGGGACCAUCCACUGUGGUAAAAAUAAAACGGCCUCAGACUGUUACACAAAAUAAGGGCCUCAAAUUCCAGUCGGCGACCACACACAACGAAACGUUUACUGCAAAAGUGCCCAGCCCAAACGCACCAUUUGGAGAGCUACCCUGCUAUACGGGGUCCAUUCUUUAUCCUGAAAAAGACCGCAAAUAUGACGUUAAAACAUGGAACCAAGACGUGUACCGUGGCAAGUUCGCAGCCAGACCGGAAGCGUUUAAACCGAAGCAAUCUCAGGUGACCAUUGGUAUUGAAGGAGAUCACUUUUUACGGACAGUCCAUAAAGACGAAUUUAAGACCCCCGGAAAUGACGCAAGACCAGAAGCAAAGGUUCGCCAACCGACAUUGAAGACCGAGAAGCGUGCGAAAUUUCGAGACGACACUCAAGCGAAGAGUGACUUCCCAGGUUUUGGCGGGAAGAUGCCCUUACCGCCAAAACCCAUUUCACCUCCCCCUGCGACACUCCGAUUGGCUAUGAACAAUUCUCAGGAUUUUGAGACAACCAAUAAGAAGUUUUACAAGAUCACAUGGGACCCAAGCAAGAUCGAACGCACCAAAAUUUUGAAGCCCGACGAUGGAGAAUACGCUGCGGCAGAUAAGAAAUUCGCCACCACAACAAUCACUAAAGAAGAUUUUAAACAGAAAGAGCCGGUCAAAGUGACAAAGAUAAGACCCCCUUCGAAGAUUGCGCCAAGCAAGGCAAAGUUUUUUGACGAAACCGCUUAUAACGCGCAAUUUAAAGCUCAUGGGACAGUCCCCUACAUUCGAUACGGGGAUUUCCACGAGACCAGCUUCUACCAGAAGCCUGCCGUAAAAUUCCAUCAAGACGGAUCCGUUACCAAUCAAGACUUCAAAGGCGCCGAAGGUGGACGUCCGCGAACGUGCAUGAAACCAGAGGAGAAGUUCCAGAGAGGAAACGAAAAGAUAUCGGGUUUGACAGCGUACACGGAGGCCUACAGUCGGAAGGAGCUUCCUGAUUGCUCGUAUCUUAAAUGGAGAUCUAACCAGUUAGCCAAAAAGGCUUUAGCCACAGUUUGAUGAAGUUUUAUAAUAAGAUUUUUUUUAAUGAAAAUUGCGUAAUUAUCGCACAAGGAAAUUUUGAGAGACAUCGCCAGGUAUUGACGUUGAAAUUACUGUGACUGUUCGGAUUACUAAAUAUAUGAACUGAGUUGACGUUGCUGGGAUGAUUCCAGAAAUCGUAGAGUAGAACGCUGGACCCAGUCUCCAUGAAUUACCUGACAAUAAUGAAUUUUUUCUCAAAAUUGGAUCUUCAACUUACCUCUUCACCAGGUUCCUUGCCGCGUUUACCAAGCGAGCAAAGAUUUGGGAAACUAUUUUUAUUAUCAUUGCUAUUAUUUCGGGAAUAUUGAUACAAGAAAUAAAAAACGCGUUUUAAUUAGAAGGCGCAAAGGAAAUCAGCCGUUUCUGAACUUUUUUCGAAGCGGAGAAAUUUCGUUUCAUUUUACACAACAAAAUACACAAGACUUUGAGUUUCUUGCCAGGGCACCUACGAGCAAGCUCUUGACUUUGAAGAUGGAGGCGGGAAAGGGAUAGCUGAGUCAAUUGCUUUCUUGCUGGUUACUUGGCAACCUCAAUGUAUACGUAUUGUCGCUGCAGACAAUUUGAACACCACAAGGGCCCUUUGGGAACUUAAGCAACCAUGACAACGACGGCGCAAAAACGUCACUUUAGAAAAGUGAAUUUGCGCUGUUUGUAACUGACUUCAUUCCUCUUACUCCAUCUCGUUCAUUUGUGAAAUGUUAGCGACUUUUUUGGAGUUAAAUCCUAAAGGACUGAAGCUAAGGCCAGAAAAAGAAAGAGGAGAUCGUUGGCGUGAGUCCAGUUUUUCCGCAAAACGCGAAAUUAGGAAGUGUUAAGUUGUAGUUGUGUAUCAUCGGCGAAGG